AUAGAUCCCUAGUUAGUUGUGUCGUGUGUCAUCAAUAAUAGGAAAAAAGUACAUAAUUUUUGUCUAAAACUAGAAAAAUCAUAAUCAAAAAUUAAAAAAACACGUCAAAAGCAUUUGCAAAAAAAACAUUUCCAUCGCGAGAAAAAUAAAAGUGAUAUUUCGUUAUAUUUUAGCUAGAUACAGAACAAAUAUUCUGUGACGUGAAGUGGUGGCUGAAUAAUAUAUAUACGAAACAAAGCAGCUAAAUAAUAGAUGCGAAAAAAUAACAAGCUAAAUAAUACAUAAUUCGUGGAAAAUUAUUUGUGUAGAAUAUUCGUUAUUGUUUUGUUUUUGCGUCAAAAUAACAAGAAAAAACAAAUGUUUGCUCGCCCGAUUUUAGAUGGCCCAGUUAGAGAGGGCAAUUGGUGAAAUUUGCAUUGGUCAAAAAGAAAAUACAUACUAAUCGUCCAUCAAUCGAAUUUGUUAUCCCACCUUUUGUUUGUAUUAUUACCAGCUUGUUUUGCUUAUUAUUUGUAAAGUGCAUCUAAGGCAAUUUUCCUCAUAGAGCAUGUUACCUAGCUUUCACAACUUAAUGAGGUGCUCUACGAGCGUACUACAGCAUCAAACUACCGCUGGUACAUCCAGCAAUGGGGUACCACAACCGUUCACCAAUAAACAUGACGAUCUCAAUUCGGCCACUUGUUCCGGCAGAGGUGACUGCUUGAAUGGCACAUGCCUAUGUGAAAUUCGCUAUGCAGGUGAUGAGUGUAGCGGAUUCAAUUUGCCCUACUAUGCCGGCAUAUCGGGUGUAUUCUAUUUUGUGGCAUUGGUCUCUGUUAUACAAUUGUUCAUAUGUAUUGUAGCGGAAUACCAACGGUUGAAACAGCCAUCGGUAUUAAGAGCAUGUCGUAUAACCACACAGAAAAUGUUGUAUUUCAUGGUUUUCGUGGCGGCGUCUUUGCGGGGUGCAUAUUUUACAACACCGUUGGAUUUGCAGCCCCAAUGGGCAGUGACCCUAAUGUCGGCGUACUAUCCCCUGUUGAUGUCCUGUGCUUCAUUGAUUGUUUGUAUGUGGGCUGAGAUUUUCCAUUUGCGUGAUAUUCGCUGGGAGAAAUCACAAUUUCUGUCGAAAAGCUUUCUGGGAUUUAUAGCCUUCAAUUUCCUGCUGUACAGUCUAUUUGGUGUAGAAGUGUUUUCAUCUCUCAUCAAUUCGAAGCGUCAAACAUAUGCCCAUAUAUUCAAUGGUUGUUAUGCUGCAUUGCUGCUGAUAGUUGUGGUCUUCUUUCUUAUCUAUGGUGUGGAGGUAUUCUUCAAGCUUCGUGGUGGUUUUGUGUACGACCAGACGGGAAAGAUUUUGGGUCCUAGUGAAGCCAUUGUCAACGCAUCUCAAUUGCAUCAGUCUCGCUUGGGUCUUUUAUCACAAGCCAUUAUGCUAAUUGUUAUUGUGGGAUUUUUGACGUCUGAGACCUUAGGAGAUUUUUGGAAAACAAAAGUCCCAGUGUAUUCGAGAAACUGGCAUGACAUAGUCUUUCGCAUUGUAGAAAUUGGUGUUGCUUUAUGGUUCCCCUGUUGUCUGUGGAAUUCCAUGGCUCCCGAACAAUUAUGGAUUUUAAACCCUCGCAAACUGAUAUCUCGCCAAAUUGAUCCGUCGAUACCUACAAUGUCAGCGGAAACGAAAAAUCUUUCGCCCGAGGAGGGUCAAUCUUUUCUAAACAAGAAAGAUUGCUGGAUAUGCUAUGACAGCGAUAAGCCAGAACCACUUAUUCAGCCCUGCCGUUGUACCGGAGAUGUUUCCUCAGUGCACCAUGAAUGCCUGAAACGUUGGCUAGUCGAAAGUUGUAGUGCUUCCGAAGCUCAGCUAUCGUGUAAAGUGUGUGGUUUUCCCUAUGAAAUAGAGAAAUCCAAGAAACUCGAUUGGGAAAAAGGUUUCACCAUACAACACUGGUCAAAAACGGUAAUUUUAAUAACUCUAAUGUGUAUUGCGGGGGCCUCCGCCUGGGUGGUUAUUCAAAUGUAUGUCGAUCCCUUGAUUCGUGUUAUGACCGUUGGCAUUGCCGUCCUUAUUGGAUAUGUAUGCAUCAAGUGUUUGGGCGAAAACACCGUAGUAGCCUACCAACGUGCCAAAGUAAGCAGCAUUAAUAUUGUCACAAAAUCCGAAAUGGAGAAAUUACACACCAUCUGUGAAGAUGUCACCUCGGCCGAUACACCCUCUUCGUCCUCGUAAAAACGCAGUUAAACAAAAUGUUUGUGACUGACGACAUCGGAUGUCAUAUAUUUAGUAUAUGUUAAUCUUGCGUCUUCGUCUUUGUAUACAUUUUAAAAUCUGAAUGUCUUUUAUAUUUUCCAAACAUCACGAUAAUCACCUUGAUUACAUUAAAAGUUUUUUUCAAAUAACCGCCUAAUUAAAAACUUUUAUAUACACAACUCAUGUCAUAUUUUAUGUUUACCUUAAUAACUUUAGUCCAUACAAAAACAAAAGUAACAAAAGUUGAAUGCACGUUUAUACUAAAUAUUGCUCAAUUGAUGCAGUAAUGUGCUCUAUCUGUCUAGAUGUAGUGUAGGUCCAUCAUCACCUUUCGUAGAAAUAAGAAAUUCUCUAAAGAACAAAUCUUCCUUAAAAUGCUAAAAAGUAUACAAGAAAAACUCUCAAAAAUAACAACUACCAAAUAAAUAUUAAUAAAUGAUAAAACGUGUACAUCAUCUCUCACCCAUCACUCCCAUUUGAAAUAAACAAAAAACACACAUUUGUCAAUAUCGCCAAAAAUGAAAGGAGAUUUUAAAUCAAAUAAUGCAAUUAUUACUUAACUUUGGAAGCUUUCAAUUUUUACUUUUUACAAAUAUGUAUAUCAAUAAUAGAGCCUAAUC